GUGAGUGAGCACUUCCGUCCGCCAUCCGUGCGGCGCUCAGACCCUGUGGUCGCUGUCCCCAUCGUUCCGCAGACAUGAAGGACGUGCCUGGUUUCUUGCAGCAGAGCCAGAGCUCCGGGCCGGGCGAGGCGGCCGUGUGGCACCGCUUGGAGGAACUCUACACGAAGAAGUUGUGGCAUCAGCUGACACUUCAGGUGCUUGAGUUUGUGCAGGACCCGUGUUUUGCUCAAGGAGAUGGUCUCAUUAAGCUUUAUGAAAACUUCAUCAGCGAGUUUGAACACAGGGUGAACCCUUUGUCCCUGGUAGAAAUAAUUCUUCAUGUGGUUAGACAGAUGACUGAUCCCAAUGUGGCUCUUACUUUUCUGGAGAAAACUCGUGAAAAGGUAAAAAGUAGUGAUGAGGCAGUGAUCCUCUGUAAAACAGCAAUUGGAGCACUAAAGUUAAACAUCGGAGACCUACAGGCUACAAAGGAAACAAUUGAAGAUGUUGAAGAGAUGCUGAACAGCCUCCCUGGUGUGACCUCAGUUCACAGUCGUUUCUAUGAUCUCUCCAGUAAAUACUAUCAAACAAUUGGAAACCAUGCGUCCUAUUACAAAGAUGCCUUGCGGUUUCUGGGCUGUGUCGACAUCAAGGAUCUACCAGUGCCAGAACAGCAAGAGAGAGCCUUCACGUUGGGGCUUGCAGGACUUCUCGGCGAGGGAGUCUUUAACUUUGGAGAACUCCUCAUGCACCCCGUGCUGGAGUCGCUGAGGAGCACUGACCGGCAGUGGCUGAUUGACACCCUGUAUGCCUUCAAUAGUGGUGAUGUAGACAAAUUCCAGACGCUGAAGACCGCUUGGGGCCAGCAGCCUGACUUAGCAGCCAAUGAAGCCCAGCUUCUCAGAAAGAUCCAGUUGUUGUGCCUUAUGGAGAUGACUUUCACACGGCCAGCCAACCACAGACAACUCACAUUUGAAGAAAUUGCCAAAAGUGCUAAAAUCACUGUGAAUGAGGUGGAGGUGCUGGUAAUGAAGGCCCUCUCUGUGGGGCUGGUGAGGGGCAGCAUAGACGAGGUGGACAAGCGGGUUCACAUGACCUGGGUGCAGCCCCGUGUGCUGGAUUUGCAGCAGAUCAAGGGGAUGAAGGACCGCUUGGAGCUGUGGUGCACGGACGUAAGGAGCAUGGAGAUGCUGGUGGAACACCAGGCGCAGGACAUCCUCACCUAAGGCCCUGUUGCCCUGCGGUCCUGCCUCACCCAUGAGGCAUUUCUGUAGCCAGUGAAACUGGCAACAUUGAGCUGGGCUGGGGGUUGGGAUCCUGCUGAGAGUAGGAAUGUUCCUGCUCUAAAGGCAGAGGACUGUCUUUGAUAGGGGUGUGGCCACUUGGAGAACCUGCAGUCUUGUAACCUGCCGUGAGGGCAAUAGUCCUCCAGGCCCAGGUGAUGAGAGACAGCAAGAGAUUGGGGACAAAGCGAUAAGCCACCCACAUCCGCCUGAGAGUAUCUUUUCCAACAUGGUUUAAGAAUUCUGUAAUAAAUGCCUUUGCUUUGUCCUGUU